AUGGAUGCUCGUCCCAGCAUUUACAUCGGGCUGAAGGACAAACUGUUCCAAAUCAGGUGGGUCAUCACAGAGCCUGCUAUCGGCUUUGGCGUGAUGUACAGAGGCAUCGACCAAACAGGUUCAGAAAGCAGCAGCUGCACCUCAAGGAAUGACUUCUCCAGGAGCAUCCUGCAGUACGGGAAAGGGUUUCCUGCAUGGCACAGUGAGGUGGAGAUGCCCCUCAAAAUGGAUGUGCUUGGUAGGAUAGGGGUCUACCCAAACUACCCCAGCGACCUGUCCUUUUAUGGGGUCACCUAUGAUGAUGUGACCUUCAUGCACCAGUUUGAGUAUGAUUUUGGUUUUUAA